CUGGGUGUGUCCCUCCUGGGGGAGGGUGUGGGAGGCAGUCUGUCUCUCCCCGAACCUUCCCUGAACCCCGAGUGUUUCUCAGACAGCUCUGUUUUAUUCCAAGAUAAAAGCACACACCAACUUCUCAGUUAAACGUACCCCCAAAUUCUCUUUGGAAGCACCCCAGUGUAUCUCCCAAAUGAUACAAACCUCUGUCUUCAAGAUACUUCAGUAUAUCUGGCAAAAAGCUCCUUGUUUGCCUCUGCAAACCACUCCUGACCCAUCCAUAAGGAUGGCCUGACUGCUCAGGUGUCCCAGCGCCUCGUCCCCGUUUUCUUGAGAUGCCACCUGUUCUCUCAGACCCCAUGACAGACCCUCCCCCCAUUGGCCUGAGAGCCCCUACUUCUCCCUCACCCCCACUUCUCUGUCACAGACCUCACCUCACAUGGUUUGAGACUCUCCUUCCCAGAGAGACGCCUGUCUCUCCCCAGGACCCUCCUUUACCUCCUCCUCCAAAUGUGGGGGCCUCUCUCCCAAGGGGGCACCCCAAGUCUUGCCACCUCCCUGCCCAGGGUCUGGCUCUGGGGAGGGGCUGUGCUUUCUCUGCAGUCAGCAGGCCCUGCCCCGCACCCUAGGGGGACCUGGUAAGGGUGUGGGGAGUAAGAGCCUCUCUGGUCUGCCCGUAACUAGGGGUGAAGCCAUCAAAAGGCAGAGCCAGAAGGGGACUCUGGUGCCAUGUCUUACAUCAGAGACCUGAAGACUGACAGCCACUGGUCCAUCAUCCAUCCAUCCAUCCAUCUGAUUACCUUACCUACCCACCCACCCACCUGUCUAUCUGCCCAUCCAUCCAUCUGUCCAUCCGUUCCCUACCCAUUUAUCCACCCAUCAUCACCAGUCCACCCAUCUACCCAUCACACAUUUGACCAUCUGCUCUCCCAUCCAUCUAACUGCCUGUUUGUCAUCCAUUCCAUCCAGUGGUCCAUCCAUCCACACCCCUAUUCUCGGAUCCUUUAAUGUGCCUUCAUGACCUCCUCUUACUGGCCAGGACCCCUGACCCCUGGUGGGUAAUGGGGAUGCAGCGUGACCCAGACAGACCUGCACUGGUGGAGUUCAACAGUCAGCAAAUCACUGCUAAGCGUAUCAUGACACCUGUGAGGAGGAGGAGCCCUGGAGCUCAGAGGCCCCAGGGGAUCAAGGAGGGUUUUUCUGUGUGAAUGAGACAGGGCCGGGUCCUGGAGGGGAGGCCCCGAGGGAGGAGGACAGCGUUCUUGGUGGAAGGGAUGGCAUGUGCAAAGGCCCUGGGUGUGUGGACACAGCUUAUUCUGGGGGCAGAAGGGUGGCCAGCGUGUCUGGGAGUGAGAUCUGAGUGCAGUGGACUGGGGGGCACCACUGACUGAAGCUUGGUGCCAGGGAGUGGUGGCCCCAUCACUGGGAGAUGGCAGAGCCCAGGUUCAAACCCAUCACCUCCCCCACCCUGCUCCCUGAGCCAGAAAAGCCAAGCGUGGGCUGCCCUCAUGGUGACGGAGCUGGGAGCCUGAGUCCUGUACACCUAUCUCCUGCCCUGUUCCACCUCCAGUUAUUCAGUCAACAAACACUCCUUGCCCCAGCCUUGCCCUCAGGGAGCCUUGGGUUGGGAGGCAGUGGGGACACGGGUUCAAACUCCACGGAGCAGGCUUGGACCAGAUGCUCCCCUUCCCCGAACUGGGUGCCUGCAGAGCUGGGAUGCCCCCUCAGGCCCCAGUUUCCUAAUCUGUAAACUGGGGCUGAUGGUCCUUCCUGAAGGCCCUUUAACCUGGCCCUUGUUGGGACCAGGUCCUCCUGGGAGCUCACAGGCAGGCCUCUGCUCCCCUUUUCCAGGGAAGGAGACAGAGCUCACAGGGCCAGCUGCUUGUCCAGAGCCACAUGGGUACACGGUGCCCUCAGGGUUGGAGCUCAGAGCUCAGGCCCUUGGAGCCACCUGCCUGAGCUUCCUCCAAGCCAGGUCUGCUUAGGGGACAGCAUCCCCCAUCUGCCCCCCCCCCCCAGACCUUCCACUUCUCUCUCUCCAUACAGUGUCCUCAGGUGGGGGUGUUGAAGACCCACCCACCCAGCACGAGGUGGCAGGACUCAGGACAGAGCGGCUGACAGGCUGGUCACACAGCCGGGGCCCCUCCCCAGCUUGGGCCUGAAGCCUGCAGCCUCUGCAUCUCUGAUUCCAAAGAGGCUGCAGCUGGUUGGGGGGUGCCCUUGGGGGCCUGCCCCACUCGUCAGCCACGGGGAUCUGCAGAGGAAGCAGAGGGGUUCUGCUGAUCCUAUGGAAAGGGACACGGAGCCAGGUUCAGAGCUGAGCUAACCAGCUGGCAGGUGGGUGGGGCCUGCAGUGGGCCAUGGGGCAGCCUUUCAGGACCUGUCUCCAGGUACCUUCACCCCCACCCCCACCCCUGUACCUCAGCUUCCCCAGCCCCCAAACAUGACGGGGCUUCUGGCUGAGCUCAGCUGCAGCGGGGCCAGGAUUCUGGGGCUCUUUCCCCUGCCAAGUCCCUCUCACCGGUAACAGGUCUGUGCUUGAAAAGGUGGUAGCUAACUUACACGUUCCAGGCCUUGUUCUAAGCACUUUGCAAAUAGUACCUCACUCUGUCGAAUCUUCUCUCUGACACUGGGAUUCAGGGUCAGGUGUUACGCCCAUGGACUGCUGAGGACACAGGCACAGAGAGAUCUGGAUGCUUGCCAGAAGUCACACAGCAGGAAGUGCUAGCACCAGGAUUUGAACCUCAAUCAAGUGGCCCCAGAUUAGUGUUCUGAGGUCUUGGCACAGAAACUGGCACAGAAUAAACUCACUGCCUCCUCCCCCAACCCAGCUGGGAGGAGGAGCACUGCCCACAGCAAGGCAAGGGCAUGAGGGGUGUGUAGCUCCAAGUACUCAGCCCAGGCCGUCAACAGGAGACCUGAGCUAGUCGGUCACGUCCCCUUCCUCAGCCCACUGUCCUGGUCCGGGCCCUGGAGGGAGGUGGCUCGUGGCCCCCGCAGGAUGUAGCACUUACUGAUCCACUUGUCUGGCAGAUACUCAUUAAAGACUCUGGCAACCUGGGGACACUGCAGAGACCUUUUCUCCUGGCAGCUCCAGGCCCCACGGUGGCAACAGACAUCAACCCAGGAAUUGCUCUAGGGCAUUCUUCAUGAGAGCUGAAGUUGGGGUUCUGGGGGUCUGAUUCGGACCAGGCUGGCAGGCAGGGCAGACUUCCUGGAGGCAGCGGUGAAGUGAUCCAUGCAUUAGGAUCUGCCUCCUUUGUCAGACUGUGUGGCCAGGCCAGUAUUGACCCCAGCACAAAGCGGGGCUCAGUGUUUGCUGGGUGAGCAGCUGAAACAGGGCUCGAUUUCCCCACCUGGACAGUGGGACUCUAAACCCCACCUCACUCCAAGGUCAAGUGAAAGUGUUGGAGGGGCCUCUGUCCAGCUCCUGCUUGCCCUCUGCAGUCACUCCAGACCCACCCCCAUCCCAGCUCCAGCCACGGUGAUGUCGGGGACAUUCCUGGAAAACAGGAGGCUCCUGAACAAUCAUAAUUUAGUAAAGUCCAGGCAUCCCCUGCUCUGUGUUGGUCCUGGCAAUACAGUGUCUUGCUGGACUCGGGACUGGUCAGGCUUGGGUUCCAGAAGAGGAAACUGAGGCUGGGAGGGAGGGCAAGGAGUGAAGGAGCAGGGAGGGUGGGGCCGGCAGGUCACAAGGCAUAGGGUGCACUCCUGAGGGACACCGUGGUCUUGGAGCUGCCAGGCCUGGGACCUCCUGGUCUUGCCCUUGCUGGGUCUCUCCAUAUGAGCACUGCAAGGGGCUCUCUCUCCUCUCUUAUUUUCCUGUUACAUUUUGUCAGAGGAGCCACUGAACCUACAGUUAUCAUUACCUGUGUGCCUCCCUCCACUGGAGUCCUUCCCACUGGGAUGCAUCACAAAGGUGGGAGCUGCAUCCCCUCCUCCCCCCACCCCGCCCCAGUCACAGCUGUGUCCCCAGCGCCCAGAUCACUGUCCAGAGUCCAGUAAGUGCGCAGUACACAUUCCGCCAUGAAGUAAAGGAGUAGCCCCCUGCCGGCUUCUGGGGUGGCUACAACUGAGUGGAUCCCCAUUUACAGGGGGACCGCAUCUCAGCUGCUAGUUCCUUAUUUCUGGAAGGAAACCUUCACCUUCCUCCUCUGCAAACUGGACGUAGCCAUAGGACCUGCCCACCGGUCGCUGUGAGAAUCAGUUGCGGGAACGACAGACGUUAAGAGCCUGGCGCUGAGAAAGUGCCCAGUAAUAAAUUCGGCUGCGGUUGUUAUUGCUAUUAUUUAACUCGUCAUCGUAAGUCGGGAAAGCUGCUCACCAGAGAAAUGGCUCACAGACGAACUGAGGCUGGGGCUUGGGGUUUCCGGGGGUGCACGACGCCGCCAAUCCGUCAGCAAACCGCGGCCACUUGCUUCCCUCCCUGUCCGCCCUCAGUCCCCCGGGUCCCGACGAGGCUCCCCAGUGCGACCCGCCCACCCGCAGGGUCUGCGGCAGACGGCUCGCUCCGGUCCCGGGGGCGAGCGAGGCGGGGGCGGAGGGCGGCCGUACUAGGAGGAAUACGGCGGCGCGGCGGCCGGCUGGGCGGUUUCCCGCCGCCGCAGCGGGUGAAUGAGUCCGACUGCGCUGCUGCCGCUGCUGCCGCUGCUGCCGCCGCCUCCGCCGCCCGACCCAGGCUGCGCCCGCGUCCCUCGCGCCCCGCCAGCCUCCGCGCCGAGACCCCGGCGUGUCCGCAGGACAGCCAGCCUCAGCCACCAGCCCCGGGCCGACUCUGCGGACCCUUUCUGGCCUCCUAUCCGCGGCCCCAUGAAGAAAACCAACAUGUGGUUCUUGGAGCGGUUUCGGGGGUCGGGGGAAAAUGGAGCCGCGGGGGGCGAGGGUGGGGACAAGGCUGCCAAGGGGCCCCUGUACAGCAACGUGCUCACUCCGGACAAGAUCCCCGACUUCUUCAUUCCCCCUAAGCUGCCUGCCGGCCCGGCGGAGCCGGAGGGGCAGGCUGAGCUGGGGCCCUCCACCUCGGAGCAGAACCUAGCCUCCGCUGCGCCGCGCAGAGCCCCGCGGAGCCCCCGGCUGCCCGCCAAGCUGGCUGCCGAGAGCAGGAGCCUGCUGAAGGCGGCCUCCCGGCACGUGAUCCAGAUCGAGAGCGCCGAGGACUGGCCGCCGGAGGAGGCUGCCACCAACGCAGACCCCCAGGCCCAGGGCGCCAUGGCGCUGCCCUCAGUGCCCAAGGCCCAGACGUCCUACGGCUUCACCACGCUGGCUGAGAGCCCCCACACGCGGCGCAAGGAGUCUCUGUUCCACAGCGAGCACGGAGCUCUGGCCCAGGUGGGCUCUCCAGGCACCGGACGCCGUCGGUGGGGCACCAAGGCCAACGGGGGCGAAGGGGCGUCCAGGGAGGCCGGCGGGGCCCUCAUGAGCCCCAGCCGCUGUGUCAGUGGUGGGGAGAGCGACACAGGGUCCUCAGCCGAGUCCUCCCCAUUCGGGUCCCCUCUGCUGUCCCGCUCCAUGUCGCUGCUCAAAGGCUUCGCCCAGGACAGCCAGGCCAAGGUGAGCCAGCUCAAGCAGUCGGUGGGCCGCCAUGGCUCCCUGUCGGCCGACGACAGCACGCCGGACACCAGCCCCGGGGCGCGGCGCCGCCUGCACCGCCGGGCCACCCCGGAGUCCGGCCCCGAGCCCAGCCCGGCGCCCCGCGCGGAGCACGCCGUGCGCCUGGGGCUGCGGGGCAGCGUGCGGCUGUUGGCCGAGUACGAGGCGGCCCAGGCCCGCCUGCGCGUGCGCCUGCUGGCCGCCGAGGGCCUCUACGACCGCCUGUGCGACGCCCGCAGCAUCAACUGCUGCGUCGGCCUGUGCCUGGUGCCCGGCAAGUUGCAGAAGCAGCGCAGCACCAUCAUCAAGAGCAGCCGCCACCCCGUCUUCAAUGAGGACUUCUUCUUCGACGGCCUGGGGCCCGCCAGCGUGCGCAAGCUGGCCCUCCGGAUCAAGGUGGUGAACAAAGGCGGCAGCCUCAAGCGGGACACGCUGCUCGGGGAGGAGGAGCUGCCGCUCACCUCUCUGCUCCCCUGCCUGUAAAGGGCUGCCGCGCCCACGCCCACGUGCGGGGAGACGCCGCCCCGACCGGAAGGGAGCCGCGGGGUAGGUGGCCUUCACCUCAGGCUGGGCGGGGCCCUGGUGCUGCAGCCUGUGGUGGGGUGACCAUCUGUCCAGGGGAGAAGAAGGGGGCUCUGGGGAAAAGAAAGCCCACUCUGCAGGCUGCGCCCCCCUGGGCCCCAAGUUCCAUGCCCCCACCUCCACCUCCCACCUUUAGGAGUUCUGGAACCUGGGCCGGAAAGCAGCUGAGGCACCUCACAGACCCCGAGGCCACCGGUCCUGAGGCCCAGCGGAAUCGGCUCCUUGCUGUGGGAGUGUCCUCCUCCCCUCAGGAGAAGUGCCAGGCCCAGGUUCCACCAGCGGACCCCAUGGGGCUGCGGGAGGACCCCCUGCUGGGUUAGGCUGGCUCUGGGCAGCCCUCGGUCCUCUCAGGUUCCAGAGGCAAGAGCCAAUCAGAGGGUGGAGAGCCACUUCCUGGCAGACAGGCAGCAGUGGACAGAGCGCCAGAAUAUGAAAACGGGGCGAUGGCUCCUCCUGUCCCUCCUGUUGGCUGUUUUCCUCCACCACCUUCUCUGCUCCGGACCCUGCAGCCAUGUGGGAGUGACUGCCGCCUCCUUUCCUUGGAAGGGGUCGCUCAGAAGGUGCCCAGAGCACAGUGCCAGCUUGUGUCCCCUGCUCCUCCCUCUCCCCUGCGGCUAGAGGUGCUGCCCCUGCCUCCCUGAGCGGCGACCUUGGCAGCCGGACCCCAGGAAGUGAUACUCAGUGACCGGUGGCCUUGGCUGUUACUCCCUUGCAUGUACAUAGGUUGUGGUUAGGGUGGGGGCGGACAGAAGGACAAAGGGGUGGGGUGGGGAGACUCUGCUUGUGGCUUUUCAUACUGCUAAAGGCAGCUGCAUGGGUUUAAUUGUUAUGUCAGUACAUGGGUCCUUGGAUGAUUUUUGUGGAGGUUUCCAGCUCAACAGAACAGAAAUGAUACAGUUUGAAGCAGGGGCCAGGCAAGGCCAGCUCUGUCCCUUGGCCUCCCCUGGGUGGACCAGGGCAGUCUUUGGGGAUCCUGGGGUGCCCCUCUCAGCCCAGACAUUGUCCCUCCUGACUGGGCUCCCAGAGCGCACCAGGGGAGAGGUUAAAGAACAGAUUUCACCCCCCGGAGCCGGGGUGGGGGUGGGUGGGGGGAAGAACGUGUUCCUUUCUGUACAUCUGCACAUACCAGUGCACGCCUGAGACUGAUAGUGGGGGCCCUUGGCGCUGGGGUCUCUUGCUGUGCCCCCUCCAGCCUCUGUCCUGGGCCUGCUCCCUCACGCACCCUGCUCUUGGGGUCACAGGGCCUCCUCCUUCUCUCCGGAACCUGGGGGCACCACUCUGGGCUGGGUCUGUGGGUGGAGGAGGCAGACAGAGGGCCCUGCAUGGAGUUAGAUGCUUGGAGCUCAUACCUCCCUCCUCUCUGACCCUGAACUCUCCCGCCCCUGGUUUCCCUCUGGAGGCCCCCAUCUUUAUGCUCCUGCACUGGUAUCUUUGUGUUUGAAGUUGACUGUGGGUACAUCUUUAAGACAUCCUCCCCCAAAUGUGUUUGUUUAUAAAUGCUGUUUUUAGUGCAAUAAAGGUGU